UUCUUACUGCUCGACAUUGCCACAGACUUGAAAAUGGGCUAAUGAGGUAGCUCUCACUUCUCAUCGCCUAGUUCUCCAUUAUCGCGCUCAAACAGAGACCGCGCAAAUUGCCCAUUUACACAAUCUCCAGCCAUAUAAAUAACACUGAGAUCAAGAGUGUUACAUUUCAGCUUGCACAGUAUAAUUUCCCGCCUAAUCUUUCCCCAUUUCCCGCUCUUAAAAAAACCCUAACCCUAACUAACCCUAUCCAAACAUUAUGGUGCAGAAGCAACACUCCGCCGGCGAUCCGACCGCCGAACCUAAGAAACGGAGGCGCGUCGGCUUCUUUAAAGCCGAUGCUGGAAUCGAGGCCAAUCAGUGUAUUAAAAUUUACAUGGUUUCUAGCAAGGAACAAGUGGGUGCUUUAGACGGUUUUUGCAUUGAUCCAGUUGAUUUGAAUGACUUUUUUGAGGAGGAUGGAAAAAUAUACGGUUACGAUGGGUUGAAGAUAACUAUUUGGAUUAGCAGUGUAUCAUUCAAUGCAUAUGCUGAUGUGACAUAUAAGAGCACAUGCGACGGAGGAAAAGGAAUUACCGACUUGAAAUCUUCUCUUCAGAGAAUUUUUGCUGACACUCUUGUGGAGAGUAAAGACGCCUUCCUUCAAUCAUUUUCCUCAGAGAAUCAUUUGAUUAGAUCUAUUAUCUCGACUGGGGAGAUAUUACAACUUAAUGCUUCAGAUGGCCAGAUUGGGGAUUCUAAUAGUCGUUUAGUGGAAGAGGUUUCUGAUUUGAAGGUUGUUCGCAUGGUUAUAGGCAAAACAGAUGCGGGACACGUUUACAGCCAUUUAAUUCCUCUUGUGCUACUUCUGAUUGAUGGUAGCAACCCAAUUGACGUUACUGAUCCGGGAUGGGAGUUAUUUGUUCUGAUUCAGGAAAAGAAUGGCGAGCCGGGGGAUAUUCAACAUAGACUGCUGGGUUUUACAGCAGUCUAUCGGUUCUAUCAUUACCCUGAUAAAACACGACUUCGGCUCAGUCAGAUCUUGAUCUUGCCUCCUUACCAGCACAAGGGUUAUGGUCGUCACCUUGUUGAGGCGGUCAACAAUGUUGCCAUAUCUGAAGAUGUUUAUGACUUGACAGUUGAAGAGCCAUUAAGUAACUUCCAACAUGUGCGCACCUGUGUCGACAUAAAGCGCCUUCUUGAAUUUGAUCCCAUCCAGGAUGCAAUUAGUUCAGCGGUCUCAAGUUUGAAAAAAGGAAAGUUAGAGAAGAAAAUUCAUGUCCCGCGACUCCUUCCACCUUCGACUGCAGUAGAUGUUGUUAGGAAAAUUUUGAAAAUCAACAGGACACAGUUUCUUCAGUGCUGGGAGGUUCUAGUUUAUCUAGGUCUCAGUUCCGAAGAUAAAUGCAUGGAAGAUUAUGUUACGAUCAUCUCAAAUCGUGUGAAGGCUGAUAUCUUAGGGAAAGAUUCGGAAUGUGGUAGAAAGCAGAUGAUUGAAGUUCCGAGUAAGUAUGACCCAGAGAUGUCAUUUGUGAUUUUCAGAUCUGGGAUUGAAGGUAGUAUUCAGGUGGAUGAAAAUCAAAUAAAUCAAAAAGAGCAGUUGCAAGAAUUGAUUGAUGAAAGGCUCAGUGAGAUUAAGCUAAUUGCACAGAAGUUGCGUCCUGCUUAAAUUCUUAGCUAGACAUUUUUGUGUAGACUGUAGUUGUAUUUACCUUUCAAAAAGAAGAAACGUCACGAAGCUCCUUGAAAUGCCUAGCUCCUUGAAAUGCCUAGUCCAGUAAACUAAGGUUGGUAUGCGAGUGGUGUUGAGCUAUACGAUACCUAUAUUUCCUGGCUAAGAGUUGGUCUUGAAUAGUUGCUGAUGACUCUCAUUGGUGGACUCUUUUAUUAGCUUAUGGCAUAUUUUGUAUGCUUGACCGUUUAUUUAUCACCUUUUGCUCUAUCCAUCAAUGUGAGACUGUGUUUUAA